AUGGCUCACCAAAACGGGAGGCUUACUGAUUUGACUUGGCUGAGCCAACCCGAUCGUCCCGUCGUCUUGUUGUGGUUGGUACUAAUGAACGCCAUGUUCUCCUACGUUGUAGCCGGGCUCGCGGUUCUCCUCCUCUUGUACGACCCUCUAAACCAGUAUCUAACGGCCGGUCGAGAGCCACGCCGGCUGCCUCGUACGCCACGGCCGCGGAUCAAUGAGUCUAUGCUGGCUAUUGACACGGGCAAUGAGACGGCGCCUUUGAACUGCGCUCCUGACGCUUAUGCCGUACAUAUCCUCUCCAAGGCACCGCUUGUCGUGUAUAUUGAGAACUUCCUCUCGCUGGACGAGCAGGAGCAUCUCCUUGAGAUCAGCGAACCGCUAUUUGAACCAUCAACUGUCACCAACGAUGGCCACACGACAGAACACAAUACUCUAAUCCGCGACUCCGAAGUUGCAGUGGUCCCUCGUACUGACACCGUACGCUGCAUUGAGGCACGGGCCCGAUCUUUCCAAGGGUGGCGAGAUGACCUUUGGAUCGAGCGCUUGAGGACUCAGCGAUACGGGCCAAGUCAACAUUACACGCAUCACUUCGAUUGGCGCUCUGGCCCCCGUGGCUGGGGUCGCGUCAGUAGUUUCAUGGCCUGGGUGAAGGCCGAUGAGAUUGAAGGCGGUGGCACAGAAUUCCCCCAGUUGCAGCGCAACGGGCCGGACCGGCCCUGGUGUCGUUGGGUCGAGUGUCUCAAACCAGAGCCAGAAUACGCCGAUGAUGGAGCCAGCACGAAGAGGAAAGACGGUGAGCCGAUCACAGGUGUAACGUUCAAAGCGAUACCGGGCAACGCCGUCUUCUGGGAAAACUUCCGUCCUGAUGGGACGGGUAGAGGCUGGAACGAAACGUGGCAUGCAGGACUGCCUGUCAAGAGAGGCACAAAGGUCGGACUCAACAUCUGGAGCUGGGGACGUCUUUGA